AUGCUAGCCAGGAGCGUGUCACGAUGCUCCCAUAGGCUCAGGCGCCCGGUUUCGGGCGCAUCUGGAGUUAACGUUACCCCCUCCCUCCGAUUCGGGUUCGGCCAACAAGCGCAAUGCCGACGAUUCUCGAUGCACGCCGCCGGUCCGUCCUCCUCGGGACCUCCUCCGCCCAUGUCGAGCGCCGGGAUGCUGGCGCCCUUUGUGGGUGAGCUGGACCGGAUUGCGCCCUCGUUUCGGAUACAUGGCUCGCAGAUCCAGGUGCUGCGGACACCUGCCGAGUUCUACGAAGCACUCAAGGACAAAAUCCGCGGGGCCGAGCGGCGCAUCUUUUUGUCGACGCUGUACAUUGGGAAAUCGGAAUUGGAACUCAUAACCACCCUACAAGAAGCCCUCCGCGCGAAACCUGAACUCCGCCUUAGUAUCCUUACCGACGCUCUGCGAGGGACCCGUGAGGCUCCGGAUCCAUCAUGCGCCUCGCUACUUGCCCCCCUCGUCGCCGAGUUUGGGCCUGAGCGGGUCGAGAUCCGCAUGUACCACACGCCCAACCUGACGGGCCUCCGAAAAAGGCACAUUCCAAAACGGAUCAAUGAGGGCUGGGGUCUACAGCACAUGAAGCUGUACGGUGUCGAUGACGAGAUUAUCCUUUCCGGCGCCAACCUGUCCAGCGACUACUUUACCAACCGGCAGGACCGUUACCAUCUAUUUUCAUCAAAAGAUGUUACAGAAUACUUCGCCAACGUCCAGGACGCCGUCUCCUCGCUCAGCUUCCUGAUCCUGCCGGCCGACUCCCAAGCAGGGUUCCGGAUGGUCUGGCCGGAGGACAACGCGGCGCCGUCGCCCCUGGAAGACCCUAAGCAGUUCAUUAAGGAAUCGACAUCCCUCCUGGCCGGGCUCAUAUCACCCAAAACCGCCCCCCUAACCUCCCAUGACACUACCCCGCUGGACAAGCGGGAUACCUCCGUCUACCUAGUAUCACAAUUCUCCCAGCUCCUAUUCCCCGACACAUCCACCGAGCUACCCGCCAUCACCCACGUCCUCAAAACCCUCUCCCUCCCCCAAUACGCCAAAUCCUCCUGGACCUUCACGGCCGGCUACUUCAACCCCGCCCCCUCACUCACCGAGCUCCUCCUCUCCACCCAAUCCCACAACAACACCGUCAUCACCGCCGCCCCACAAGCCAACGGCUUCUACGGUUCCCCCGGCGUAUCCGGCCUGCUCCCGGGCGCCUACACCCUCCUAGCCCGGCGCUUCGUCCGCGAAGUCCACGCCCGCGGUCUCGACACCACCACUACCCUCCGCGAAUGGCGGCACGGCACCGUCGGCGAACCGGGCGCCUGGACCUACCACGCCAAGGGACUGUGGAUCACCUUACCAGGUCAGAUGGACCCUUCCAUCAGCAUCAUUGGGAGCUCGAAUUACACGAAGCGGAGCUACUCGCUGGAUUUGGAAGCGAACGCGAUGAUUGUGACGGAGAAUGCGGAUUUGCAGAAGAGGUUGGGGGAGGAGCAGCGGUGGUUGCAGGAGGAGCAUACGAGUGUGGUGACGAGGGAGGAUUUUGCUAAGGUGGAACGACGCGUCGGGAUUAAGGUUCGCGUGGCGAUGAUGAUUGUGCAGUUGUUGGGGGGUGCGUUGUGA